GAGAUCGGCUGUGGUCCAGUCACAACGAUCACUGGAGGAUAGGAUGAGGAAGCCUCUCUUUAAAUGCGAAAACUACUCAGAGGUCUCGCUCGACAUUUAACAUGGCGUCAAAAAAUAUUAUUGAUGACGUCGACCUAAUUGACCUUGAGAGCGGUGUAGUGGGAACAUGCGUUCCUCGGGUCACCAUAGUCGACGCUACCCCCGAAGAGCAAGAACAUCUCCUCGAUGUCUGUCCACCGAAGCUCGAACAAAAAUUAUCACUAACGCGUAGAAACCACGUAGAUCUUGUGCACAAUGCCAACGAUAGAGAGCCUGCAGGUAGCGUUUUAGUAACCUUGGGUCACGAUCAGGUUGUACCUAUAAGAAAACGAAUCGAUGUAGUAUCCUCGGACACUAUCAAAAGAGUCAGAGAUAUCACUAAGAAUUUAGAACCAGUUAUCAAUAUUCACACGUCUUCUGAAAUGCUUGGAGAUUCUGAAGAUCGCGUGGAUUUCGGUUCGGUAUCUAUGAAGAUUUCGUUGGAAGACGAUGUCUCUUAUGAGACACGGGAAAUAAAUGACGCGUUCAACUUCUUAUCAGAAUUGGAUGAUAAUGAUGAACAGUUUGAGCUUAGAAACUCCAAUGAUUAUGAGAAGAUCUUGCGAAGUUCAAAAAUACAAUUUUCAAGAUCGUCUAGCAAAGAAAACGCGUCAUAUCCUCUGGAACCAACUUGCUUUAUUAAUAAUCGCCAAAAGCACUGUAAGCCGAGUACAAGUUUCGAAUUUGAUAACGAGGGCUUUGAAUCAUCACCGCCAUCGAAAACCAAUGACUACGCUAAAAGGCCAACAUCCUUAAAUUUCGACUUCGAUGGUCUUCGAGCUGCAAGGAAUUCAUUCAAAAGACUGCGCUCUUUCACCUGUUCGGCUAUAAGAUUAGACGUCGAGCCCUGGCAAAAAAAGACGAAAAACUCUUUCCAUCACAAGUCUUGGAGUGAAGAUUCGUCGAUUUGUAGGUCGAAGUACAAUGGUGAUAAGCUAGCGGGCAAAAGGAGUGGAAAUAUCAAUGAAAAACCUAAUAAUAUCAAAGUCACGACAAACGAUAAACUUUCUGAUAGAAGACAAUCGGUUUCUUCUGCUGGGCCCUGGUCUUCGCCCUCAGCAUCCAGUGUCAUCAGCACGAGCAACAACACCUCGUCCCUCUCGUCGUCCUCCUCCGUCUCGUCGUCGUGCUCGGGGGUGGAUUGGUCGUGGGUGGAGGAAGUUGAGAUCGAGUGCUGCGCCGACAAGGUGCCGCCGCAGCCGCCACCGUCACCGCCACCGCCACCUCCACCCCCGCUGCCACCGCCUUGGGAGGUGCCGCCGGUCACCGAUCAGCGGCUACGGCGGUGCGGCUCCCCCACCGGGGAAUCCGCGGGGCGCAUGCGCGCCAAGCGUCUGGCCGGCCGCGCAAACAACGAUGCCAGUGUCGCGAUGUCCGUCGCCGCGGCGGCCAAGAGUCCGACCCCUGCCGCCACGGACGUUGCCGCGGACCCACCGCGGAUCAGCGACGCGCGCCACUUCCGGUCGAGCAAUCCUCCCGAGGCCAAUGGGCAGCGCAGCCUCGCGGACCUCCCCAGGAUGCCCGGGGCGCCCGGGAGUUGCGAAAGUAACAGCAGCGGCACUUUGCCAUGGCUGCGCGCCUCGAUGCGCCGCCUCCGUCAGUUCCGCAUGUCGGACAACUCCUCGACUGUCUCGGCGCCUAACUCCCUACCGGACAUCGCGCUCAUAGCACCGGAAAUCCUCGCCGCCCAGACGAACGACACAACGGGUGGCCUCCUCCGACCCUCGAGCGCCCCGGGUCCGGUGAGGAAUAACAACGGGGCUGGCAUCGAGACCGGCUCAACGACCAGCUCGACCACCAGCCCGACCACCAGCCCGACCACCAGCCCAACUGCCGCCAACGCGACCGUCGUAGGCGCGAGUGCGAGUGCUGGGGGGGUCGCGAGUGCGACUGCCAAUAGUCCGCGACGCGGUCGUCGACGUGCAGGGGGCAGGUGCCAGGAGAGGCAGCAGACGAGACAGUCGGCGGCGAGUUCGGCCGAGUCGACGAGCACCUGCGCCAGCAGCAUCGGCACCGGCACCGGCACCGGCGGAAUGUCCAGUAGCAUGAGCUCGACCUCCAGCACACCGGUCAGCCCGCAACAUCAAAUCGCCAAUUCGACGGCUCCAAGAAGAUUGUGCGAUAGGCAGAGAGACGGUGACAGAGAAGACGAAAGAGGCGAAGAUGACGACGAGGAGGAGAAUCCGUUAGGGCGAUGGCCGCACGCACUUAGUCCGGCGCUUGCAUGCCUCGGAUGCACUCUUGGACUUUUUAAUAUUAGUAGAUUCGCCAUACUCAGCAUUCAGUUUGGAGCGAAUUUUAUUGUACAGUUCCUCAUCCUCUCCUUAAUCAUAGGCAUUCCUUUGUUAACGUUACAAGUAUGUCUUGGCCAGAGACUUGCAGCUGGAGCCGUGGAUAUGUGGAAAAUAUCUCCGCUCUUUCAGGGAGUUGGCAUUGCUCUACUCACCGCCCAAGCUUUCAUUGGAAUUUACAGCGUAGUCGGUGUCUCCUGGAUGUUCGUCUACUUUAGAGACUCCUUUAUAACGAAGCAGGAUAGAUACAGGUGGGCCGAACCAUUCGCGCUCUAUCGCGAGGACAUACGACCGACAACGAGCAGUGGCAAUGGCGGAUCCAGCGGCAACAACAACAAUAACAACAGCACCUCCUAUAAGCUACACGAGACUGUACCGGAUUAUUUUAGCGGCACGGUGCUGCAGAGGCAUCAUCUCAACGAGCCCGAUCCGGGUAUCGUGACACUUAAAUUCCAGGUGGCCUUCAAUCUCGCAGUCGUCUGGAUGAUCGUUUUUGUCUCGCUGAGCAAAGGUCUGCGCUCAUACGGUAAAGUUGUCUACGUGUUCACGCUAAUACCCAUUUUCGGCACAUUCAUACUGUGCGCGAAACUCUUGGGACUCACACCACCCGGGACCAUCCACCAAUUAUUCCCAGCAACUGUAUGGGCCGAAUUUUUUAUCAACGGUCGAUCCUGGGUUACUGCCUCCUCCGAGGUAUUUCUCACCUGGGGGCUUCUUGGAGCCGCUGCGAUGCAGAUAGCCGCACACAACAAGCACAAGCAUCUGCUACAGAGAGACACGAGUCUCGUCGUCGUAUUAACAUUUGUGGUUCUUCUGUUAGCUGCGUUUCUCGCUAAUACAUGUGUACAGAUCCUUAAGUAUCACGGUUAUACAUACACAACAAGCUCAUUUGAGAGGAUAUCCGGAUACACGUUCAUGCACCCCCAUAACGAGCCCCCGCCACCGGGGCAGAGCAGCACCCCGGAGCGCUUCAUGGCGCACGCCUCCUUCCUCGUGGGCCAACGCGUCACUCGGCCAGGAUCCGAGCUGAACUUCGAGUCCGGCUACCAGGCGCUUAGGCUCUCUACGGAGCUCGUCCCGGCGACCCUCGCCAUCCUUGGCACCGAGCAGGUCUCGCCCUUCUGGUCCGUCCUCUUUUACUUCAUUCUCAUCCUCUUUGGCAUCGCGCAGCAGUUAGCGAUCUGGCAUUGUGUUAUAACUGGUAUAAUGGCAAUAAAUACCAAAAUGAUGAAGUUAUGGGAAACGACCAUUACUUUCUUCAGCUGUGCCUGUGCUUACAUUUUAGGGCUUCCAAUGGCAACCGAGCUGGGCAUACACGUGGUCUAUUAUCUGGACUACACCGUCGGCGGGGCCUGGUGGAUCAUGGUUCUCUACCUGGUGCAAGUUGGCGCCGUCUUCGCGGUACGUGGGAGGCCGCACACCGGUGAGGCCGUCGUAGCCGAAUUGUUCCCGCCAACCGGCAGGUGCCUCAAAUACUGGGCCGGGCCUCUUCUUUCCUUCACCUGGAACGUCAUCCUGCCCAUUACACUGAUGGUGCUCAGCAUCUCCGUAUUUAAGAGUACUGGAUAUCGAGAACUGUAUACGUAUCGGCGUACUAGUAAGGAUUACUGGGCCGUCUGGACCAGGCAGCUGGGAGCUCUGAUUCAACUGAUACCGAUUCUCAUAAUUCCCGUGGUGGCGAUAAUUCAAACCUGUCGCUACUUGAAUAGUGGGCCACCCGACAUAUUUGAUAGGAUCCAAUUACUUUAUCGACCGUCUAUGGAGCCGGAUGAGCAACGAAAUACCCAGACGCAGAUCGGAGCCACCGGGACGACGAAUGUCCAAAGCAAUGGCCUCGUCUCCAACUCAACGGAACUGCCGUUCGAGGAUCCGCCCCCCAAGUACACACCGCCCCCGAGCUACACAACAGCCACCGGCGCCCGCAUCGCCAAGAUGCUGCGACAAAGCUUCCGUCGUAGCGUUCGUAGGAUCGCCAAUGUUCUCGGUGAGGGUGGCAGUGCUGCCAAUGUCGCCGUCGUUGCAGCGACCGCCACAGCCGCGGCCGCCAGACAGAGACCCGCACUACAGAGGCAACAGUUACAGCAGUCACACGACAAUCACCACCAUCACCAUCAUCAU